UCCUACAUAUACAUAUGAUUAGAUGAACUUGCGAGUAGGAUAUGAAUAUCUCGCGAAUGAGCAACUCUGGAUGCUUAUAAAUACCUGUAUGCAUAUUUGUGUUCCUGACUGGUUUUUGGAACCAAAAUACCGUUUUGUGUAAUUUUAAGGUGUUGGAGUUAUCAUAAUGGCCACGGAUCAGGACACCCUUAUUGAUUUUGAUCAAGGAUGGGAAUUUAUGCAAAGAGGGAUAACAAAACUGAAAAACAUCUUGGAAGGACUGCCAGAGCCACCGUUCAGCUCUAAUGACUAUAUGAUGUUAUACACGACAGUUUACCGUAUGUGCACACAAAAACCACCACAUGAUUACUCUCAGCAAUUGUAUGACAAAUACAGGGAAUCCUUUGAAGAAUAUAUUACAUCAAUGGUAUUACCUUCUUUGAGAGAAAAGCAUGACGAAUUUAUGUUGAGAGAGUUGGUGCAGAGGUGGUCAAACAAUAAAACCAUGAUUAGAUGGUUGUUAAGAUUCUUUCAUUACCUAGAGCGUAAUUUUAUUGCUCAGAGAUCCCUACCGACACUCAAUGAAGUUGGAUUAACUUGUUUCCGAAAUCUGGUGUAUCAAGAGUUGAAUGGAAAAGUAAGGGAUGCUGUCAUAUCUUUGAUUGAUCAAGAGCGUGAAGGGGAACAGAUUGAUAGAGCUUUGUUGAAGAAUGUAGUAGACAUAUUUGUUGAAAUUGGAAUGGGGCAAAUGGAUUACUACGAAAAUGACUUCGAAGCUGCCAUGCUCAAGGAUUCUGCAGCUUAUUAUUCUCGAAAGGCCUCUAACUGGAUUUCAAAGGAUUCAUGUCCAGACGACAUGUUGAAAGCUGAGAAAUGGUUGAAAAGGGAGAAAGAUAGAGUCUCUCAUUAUCUUCAUUCAAGUAGUGAGACAAAAUUACUUGAGAAAGUGCAACAUGAGUUAUUGUCUGUGUAUACUACCCAAGUGCAACAUGAGUUGUUGUGUGUGUAUGCUACCCAAUUGCUUGAGGAGCACUCUGGAUGCCAUGCAUUACUUAGAGAUGAUAAGGUGGAGGACUUGUCAAGAAUGUAUAUACUCUUUUCUAAAAUACCACGAGGUUUAGAGCCCAUUGCCACUAUUUUUAAGCAGCAUGUUACUGCUGAAGGUAUGACUCUGGUUAAACAAGCAGAAGAUGCUGAAAGCAUUAAGAAGGCAGAAAAGAGAGAUGUUGGUAUUCAGGAACAGGUGUUUGUUCGGAAAGUGAUUGAGCUUCAUGAUAAAUAUUUGGCUUAUUUAAAUGACUGUUUCCAAAACCACUCCCUUUUCCAAAAGGCUCUGAAGGAAGCUUUUGAUGCUUUUUGCAACAAGGGUGUUGCUGGCAGUUCAAGUGCAGAACUUCUUGCUACAUUUUGUGAUAACAUUCUCAAAAAAGGUGGAAGUGAGAAAUUGAGUGAUGAGGCUAUCGAGGAGACACUGGAAAAGGUUGUAAAGCUGCUUGCUUAUAUAAGUGAUAAGGACUUAUAUGCAGGAUUCCAUAGGAAAAAAUUAGCUCGACGGUUGUUAUUUGAUAAGAGUGCCAAUGAUGAAUAUGAGAGAAGUAUCCUGACGAAGUUAAAGCAGCAAUGCGGUGGCCAGUUCACAUCAAAGAUGGAGGUGAUGGUCACCGAUUUAACUUUGGCUAGGGAAAAUCAAACUAGCUUUGAGAAGUAUCUCUUGAAUAAUCCUGGUGCAAACCCUGGUAUUGAUUUGACUGUUACCGUACUUACCACCAGGUUUUGGCCAAGCUACAAGUCUUUUGAUCUUAACCUCCCAGUAGAGAUGGUUAAAUGUGUUGAAGUAUUUAGAGAUUUUUAUCAAACCAAAACAAAGCACAGGAAGCUUACAUGGAUAUACUCGCUGGGUACCUGUAAUCUCAUAGGAAGAUUUGAGCCAAAAACUAUUGAGCUAGUUGUGACUACAUACCAGGCUUCUACUUUGCUGCUAUUCAAUGCAUCGGAUCGUCUGAGUUAUCAGGAAAUAAUGACACAGUUAAACCUGUCGGAUGAUGAUGUUGUCAGACUUCUUCAUUCCUUAUCAUGUGCAAAGUAUAAAAUUCUCAAUAAGGAGCCAAGUACAAAGACAAUAUCUCCUACUGAUGUUUUUGAGUUCAACUCAAAGUUCACAGACAAAAUGAGGAGGAUCAAGAUCCCUUUCCCUUCUGUGGAUGAGAAGAAAAAAGUUAUUGAAGAUGUUGAAAAAGACAGGAGAUAUGCGAUUGAUGCCUCAAUAGUGCGCAUUAUGAAGACUAGGAAAGUCUUGGGCUAUCAGCAGUUAGUCAUGGAAUGUGUUGAGCAGCUGGGGCGCAUGUUCAAGCAUGUCAUAGUUGAUAGUCCAAUGGAGCUGGAUGCGAAUGGGUGGAAUACUGAGAUACUAGAUAUUUUUUCUGCUCGCGAUAAAGCUAUGAUCCUGAAGGUUCCUAUUUCUACAUAUAAAGGGCAGGAUGCUCUCUAUUGGACAAGGGAGGGUGAUAGGUGUUAUUCGGUAAGGAGUGCGUAUUGGGGUUUGAUGGCAAUUAUGAAUAUAUAAUUCUAAAAUUGUGAAUAUAGAAUUUUAAAAUUGUAAAGGGAAAAUUGUAAAAAAUGCCCCUCUAUAAUAGGCCAAUUAUCAAUGUGGCUCCUGAAUUAUUAGGAGUGUAAAUAUUGCCCCUCAAUUAUCAUAACGGUAUACAUUUUGCCCCUCCUGUAACGGACCCAUUAGUGUGCGCCGUUAUGUGAGGAUAAUAAGGUAAUUUGCUAUUUUUCCUUGUUUUAUCUUGCCUAUCCCCCUUUCCCCUUUCUUUACUGUGUUCGGCCCAAUAUAUGCGUAAAGAGAAAAGACGGAGAAGAGACCAACAAAACCCAAUCAACCUCCGUGCGUUGCCAUUCUCGUUCGUCAUUCCAGAGCAAAUCGGAACCAGUUCAAAGUUUGGAGUAUGCAAUAAUUACCUCCAUUCGCUUGAAUUAGCUACCCCACAAAAGAGCUGAGCACACUGGAUGUCAACGAAACUGGAAAAAGCACCGGACGAAGUUUCAUGGUAACUAGAUCCAGAUGGCGAUGGGUGAUGGGAUAUCUCCGGCGAAACCGUUAACUGCUUCAUGCGAGGCUUUCUUCCGGCGAAACCUGCUGCGUGGGAUUCUUUGCAUUGAAAUGGCUCCCAGGUAUGUGAUGCUGGUAGUAUUUGGUGUGCACCCAUGUGUUCGACGUGGGGGGCUUUGGAUGCUUUGGUAUUCUGUGAGAUGGUGGCUCGCUUCUUCUCUCUGAUUUACCUCCGGUCCUCAAGCAACUGUUGAGUUGAUGUUACUUUGGCAGUACGAAGACUGGAUGAUUUGUCAUCCAUGUUUUCAACUGUUGACCAUUCUGGAACAGAGAGUCAUUGUUUCCGGCGAAUGGAACUCUUCCGGCAUUAGACUCACUCUGCAAUAUGGCUCUCGUUUUGGACCUUACUAAAAAUCGAAUUGGAGACUUGGAGUUUAGACAAAGUUGGGGAUGGUGAAUGGUGGUUGAGAGUCCAUUAUUACUCUCUGAUGGUCUACAUUUUUUCCGGUCAGUUUGGUUGGUCUUUGGUCCGUGUUUUUGGGUGGCCGUAAAAAUGGUUGUCUCAGUUGCCGGUUUUGUGUCAUUAAUUUGAUUCCAUUUCUGGUGGUGUUUAUUUUGUUGGUGUCUUGAAUGAGUUUUAUGGAUUCAAGGACUCCAGCAUGGAUGUGCUUAUGAUGCUUUGAUUAUCCCGGUGAUUGUUCAAGCUUGAUGGUGUUCUGAAUUUUCCGGUGCUCUCAUACUCUGUUUUCCACUACCGGCGGUGAUUUCCUGGUAUGGGGUUCUGGGUCUAUGGAGUCCGGUGAGGGAAGACUGCGACUGGUUUUUCCUCCGGCUGCCAGCUGUUUGUUUUUCUUGUCAGCGGCGUCUGUUUUUAAUACUUACAUUUGGGUUGAGCUAUUAUUCGUCUUUUCUCUUGCGCAUAUACUGUGUCGAACACCGUAAAGGAAGGGGGAAAGGGGAUAGGCAAGAUAAAACAAGGAAAAAUAGUAAAUUACCUUAUUAUCCUCACAUAACGGAGCACACUAACGGAUCCGUUACGGGAGGGGAAAAAUGUGUACCGUUAUGAUAAUUGAGGGCAACAUUUACACUCCUAAUAAUUCAGGAGCUACAUUGAUAAUUGGCCUAUUAUAGAGGGUCAUUUUUUACAAUUUUCCCAAAUUGUAAACAUGAACCGCAUAACAACUGUUUAUGAACAUAGUAGGUUUCCUAAUGGCAAAUUAUGCUAUGAACUCGGGUCCACCUUGCAAGAUGGAUCCGGGUCUAUGUUAACAA